CUUCUUCUUCUUCUUCUAUUCAUCUCUAACUCUGUUGUAGCCAUUUUUCUCUCUCUUCAACUCUUCUUAAACCCUAGCCUUGAUUUUCUCUCUCUAAACCACCACCCCCAAAGAACUCCUAUGUUUUGACCCGACCCGAGACAAAAACCAUGCUGCCCACGUCACUCCACCUUCCCGCGGGUUUGGGUCUGUGCCUCUCCGUUCUCCUGUGCUGUCUCUCGUGUUUAGCGGUGUGCGAGUCGUCUAUAUACGAGGUGCUGAAGGCCCACGGGCUGCCCAUGGGGCUGCUGCCGAAGGGGGUGACGAACUUCACGCUCGACAACUCCGGCAAAUUCGUUGUCCAUUUGGAUCAGGCCUGUAAUGCCAAGUUCGAGAACGAAAUUCACUACGAUAUGAACGUUUCCGGGACUCUCAGUUACGGGUUGAUCGGCGGGCUGUCCGGGAUUUCGGCGCAGGAUUUGUUCCUGUGGUUCCCGGUUAAGGAAAUCCGGGUCGAUGUGCCCAGCUCCGGGUUGAUUUACUUCGAUGUUGGCGUGGUGUCCAAGCAGUUCUCUUUGUCCUCCUUCGAGACUCCCAGAGAUUGUGUUGCUGUUCAGCUUACUGAUCUCGGGGAUGGGCAGCACAUAGCGGAAUCUGCUUCAAAGAAUACAUUUGGGGUUGGGGAGCUCCAAUACAAGGUUGAACACACAGAUAGUAGCAGGGCGGUUUUGUAGAAUUCAGAGAUGGGGAUAGUUCAAAUUUCACAAUAGCUCAGUUCUGAGUCAAUGGUUCUUCUGUUAUUCCUUGUUUCUACUUGUCUGGCAGAAGUUCAGGUUUAGCAGGUCCAUACGCUGCAUUUGGGUGUGCUUGCUUGCUUGUGGUUUUUGUGUAUAGUGCAUAGUCUGCAAAGUAGUCAUAUGCCGGCUCGAGUCUUCAAGAUUGUUGUCACCAAUGAAUGAAACAGAAAGGGGGAGAAUGUGAAUGGAAGGGAAAUGCCAGAGUCAUGUAGUGUGUUGUAGUGCAUGGAGAGGCAGGGGAGAUAGUGAAAACAAGGACAUCUGAGUAAAGUGAUCAGUUGGUAAAUUUGCAGAACAAAAAAAAGAGGUUUGUUUCUUUGUUUUAUUUGUUAAAUAUGGACAUAAUGUGGUUGUUAAUGGAUUACCCUUUUGUAGUUGAGGAAGAAGAUAUAGUUAUUGAAAUAAAGAAAAACAUCAAUUUGGUUUA